AGGGACAGGAGAUCGGGAGACAGCAGGAGAUUUCUAGAGUAAAGAAAUAUCAGUGAGGAUGUUGAGACACUGAGCCAUUGUCCUUUUCCUCACCUGUAACGGCCUCUAGAGGAGACUGACAUGUUGCUUUGUGGAAGUAGACCUUGAGAAGAGUAGAUAUCUCCAAGAUUUCCACAAGGUCCUUGAGAAUUCUUUUAAUUCAGGCUAUAGCUAGAAGAAACCUCUCUAGCCAUCACUAUAGUUGUCAAAUGCCCCUGACCUAAAAUGUAAACCAGGAUUAAUAGCAGUAGUUGACUUUUGGCUUCAUCACUGUAAUACCACCUGAACUCCACUAUGAAAUGCUUUCUCUUCUUUGUUCUCCUGACAGCAGCUGGUGAGAAUCUGUGGGUUUCCUGUUUUCAAGAAAGGUCUCAGAUCAGGCUGGGAGUUCUUCAACCCAAUGUAAAGGAAAAGAGACAGCAGAUCCAGAAUUGCUUAGUCAACAUCAAGCACCCUGACUUCAACCUCAAAAACCUGGACAACAACCUCAUGCUGAUUAAGUUAAAUAAGCCUGCCAAUCUCAACAAACAUGUGGGCACAGUGGCCCUGGCCAUGGCUCCUUCUGAAACUAGAAGGUGUUUCAUCCCCGGAUGGAUCUGGACACAAUGGAAUAACUGCUACUCCUCCUCUUGCCCCUGGCUGCUCCCACUUUAGGAAUCCCCCAUGGUCCCACAUCCCCACUUCGCUACUCGAGAUUCCUUGACCCAUCCAAUGUCGUGUAUCUACGCUGGGACUUCGAUAUGGAAACCGAGAUCAUCACCUUUGAUCUGCAGGUCCAGACAGCCGGCUGGGUGGGCCUUGGUGUCACUGAUCGUUACACCAAUGUGGGGGCCGAUCUAGUGGUUGGAGGUGUCUUGCCUGAUGGGACUGUCUACUUCUCGGACCAGCACUUGGUAGAUGAUGACACUCUGGAGGAGGAUGGGAGCCAGGAUGCAGUGCUGCAGUUGCUGACAGAAGAUGCUGUCUAUACUACCAUGCGUUUCUCCCGGCCCUUCCGCUCCUGUGACUCCCAUGAUGGAGACAUCACAAGUGACACAAUCCGGGUCCUGGCAGCUUAUGGGCUGGAUGACACAGUGAGGCUGGAGAGGGAGCGCACCUUUGUCAAGUCAAUCUUCCUGCUGCAGAUUGUCCAUCCUGAUGAUCUUGAUGCCCCUGCAAUCUCUUAUAUUCAUGACUUGGAGAUCACUGAUUUCCUCAUCCCUGAAGAUGACACCACUUAUGCCUGCACCUUUCUUCCCCUGCCCAUCGUCAAGGAGAAACAUCACAUCUAUAAGUUUGAGCCAAAGCUGCUCUACCACAAUGAGACGAUGGUGCACCACAUCCUGGUUUAUGCCUGUGGUAAUGCCAGUGCCCUCCCCACGGGCAUCAGUGACUGCUAUGGUGCUGAUCCUGCCUUCUCCCUCUGCUCCCAAGUGAUCCUGGGCUGGGCUGUCGGGGGCACUAGUUACCAGUUUCCAGAUGAUGUGGGCAUUUCCAUUGGGACUCCCAUGGACCCCCAGUGGAUCCGGCUAGAGGUUCAUUACAGCAACUUCCACAAUCUUCCUGGUGUGUAUGACUCUUCUGGGAUUCGAGUUUAUUUCACCCCUAUCCUGCGAAAAUAUGACUUGGGAGUCCUCCAGAUUGGAUUCUUUACCUUCCCCAUCCACUUCAUACCACCAGGAGCAGAGUCUUUCAUGUCCUAUGGGCUCUGUAGGACUGAGAAGUUUGAGGAGAUGAAUGGUACUCCAGUGCCUGACAUCCAAGUUUGUGGCUAUCUUCUGCACACUCACUUAGCAGGGCGGUCUUUGCAAGCUGUGCAAUACAGGAAUGGAAAGCAGAUCAGGACCAUCUGCAAGGAUGAUGCCUAUGACUUUAACUUACAAGAGCCUCGAGACAUGAAAGAGCAUGUGACAGUCAAGAUGGGAGAUGAAUUAUUGGUGGAGUGUCAAUACCAGACCCUCGAUCGUACCAUGCUCACCUUUGGUGGCCCAAGCACCAUGAAUGAGAUGUGCCUCAUCUUUCUCUUCUACUAUCCCCGGAACAACAUCUCCAGCUGCAUGGGGUACCCAGACAUCAUCCAUGUUGCCCAUGAACUUGGAGAAGAGGCAGAGGACUCCAUGGAGGGCAUGAUGGCCAUGAAUAAUGUUGAGUGGACACCAGAAAUCAUCAAGAAGGCAGAGAAAGCCUGCAAGGAGGCUGACCAGGUGGUGAUAAUAAAGACCAUUGAUGAGAUGGUGAGGAAUCAGACAGGCCGCAUUCCAGACAUACUCCCUACUCCCCGUGGGCCUUGCUUGGAGUCCUCAGGGGGCAAAGUAGAGCCAGGGGACAAGACCCCUGCAGGUUUCCGAGCUGCCCCUCCAAUCCACUCUGGCUCCAGUCCUACAACUCCCUUAACUAUUCUCCUACUCCUACAGGGUGGCUUUUCUUGGCUUCUGUUUUCCCUCCAAGGUGCAAUCUGAGGCCCACCUGGAGACUCCCCUGGUUAGGGCCAAAUACAUAAAAAUUUCCUUCCUGUCCCCACUGACUCUGUACAAUACCUCCUCUACCUUUUCACCACAAAAGCCCUUCUCUUUAUGCCACCCCUGAUUCUGACAUGGAGUGACAACCCUCCCAUAACCUGAGCUUGGCUUUU